GGAUCACCGAAGAUGCGAUUUUUCACGACGAUCUCCGCCUUGCUCAUGCUUGGCCUUGCCGCCGUCUCUGGCGCCACCAUUGAAGAAGAAGAAAACGUCCUCGUGUUGACAGAUGAUAACUUCGACGAAGCUGUCACUUCCAAUGAAUUCUUGUUGGUGGAGUUUUACGCCCCUUGGUGCGGCCAUUGCAAGUCGUUGGCCCCCGAAUACGCCAAGGCAGCCUCUGCGUUGUUGGAACACGACCCUCCCUUCCGGAUUGCCAAGUUGGACGCGACCGCACAUUCCAAGACCAGCGAAAAGUACGGCGUCUCUGGUUACCCGACCUUGAAGUUCUUUAAGGGGGACGUUGACCCGACUGCCGUCAAGGCAUUCACUGGUGGUCGUACCGCUGACGAAAUUGAAAAGUGGGUGAUUAAGAACUCUGGCCCCGCGGUGAAGAUCAUUGAAAGCGCUGAAGAAUUGGAAAAAUUGACUGAAGCCAACGAUGUUGUCGUGUUAGCCCAUAUCGAUUCGGUCACUGGUACCCAAAAGGAUAUCUUGGAAAAGGUCGCAGACGGUGAAGAAGUUGCCGUCAUUGUUGCCACCACCGAUGCUUCGUUGCACGCUGAUGUCAAGACUGCCGGUUCGGUUGUCUUGUUCAAGAAGUUCGACGAGAAGAAGGUUGUGUAUGAAGGUGAAUUCAACAAGCAGGACAUCUCUGCUUUCGUCGCCGACAACAACAAGCCUCUUGUCAUGGUGUUCGCCCAAGAAAAGGCUUCGCAAAUCUUUGGCGGUAACAUUCAAGUCCACAUGCUCGUGUUUGCCGAUUCGUCCAAGGACUACUACGAAACCCUCGUGCAAUCGGUGACUGAAACCGCUGCCGCCAACAAGGGCAAGAUCUUGCAUGUGGUUGUUCCUCCCUCUGAAACUCGCAUUGUCGACUAUUUCAGCUUGAAGGAAGCUGAUAUGCCUGCAAUCAUUUUGGUGAACAUGGCCGCUGGCAUGAAGAAGUACCCUUACCCUGUCAAGGCUGCCGAGCUGACUGAAUCGUUGACCACUGCCACCUUGUCCAAGUUCGAAGCCGACUACUUGUCGGGCGAGUUGAAGCCUACCCUCAAGUCGGCGGAACCGUACGACGACAGUAACGAAGCCGUCAAGGUUAUCUCGGGCAAGGAAUUUGAAUCCCGCGUCAUUGACAACAAGAAGGACGUGUUGUUGGAAUUCUAUGCUCCUUGGUGCGGCCACUGCAAGUCGUUGGCCCCCAAGUACGACGAAUUGGCCGAAAACUUUGCGUCCGUCGAGAGCAUUAUGAUUGCCAAGAUGGACGCUACCGAAAACGAAGUGGACCACCCCAACGUCGACGUCAAGGGCUUCCCCACCAUCUUUUUCUUCCCCGCCAACGACAAGGCCAACCCCAUCCCGUAUGAAGGUGCCCGCGACGUCGCUGGAUUCACUGAAUUCUUGAAGAAGCAUGCCACCAAGUUCACCUUGGACGGUGAAACCCACGGUGUAGACCACGAUGAACUUUAAACUAUAGGAACACUGGAGACAUUGCUUGGUAAUAUAGUGUUUGCGGCGCCA